AUGCCUCCCUUUUCAGCCCGUAGUAGCUCAGUAGCCAAGCAGACGGUCGCCGCUGAUAAGGCCCUUGAUGCUGGACUGAACAUUGGAGAAGCGCAUGAAGCCGCACGCCUCGCUCUCCAAAUGGUUGAUGAAAGCGGCCAGUGUCUUGAAGUCCUGACGACAGCUCCGCCCGUUGGUCUGGCUGGUGUUAGCGAGAACAUGGACAAGAGGGAAGGUCGUGGACGUACGAGCACCCGAGCCGAGAUGCUGGUUCAGAGAUUGCAGCGAGCGGAACUCGCGGUUGCACAGGAAGCAUUCGUAGCCUCUACCGUUCCAGGCUUUCGCGGUGGCCUCCACUUGGGAUGA